UCGAACCGAAGGAUUGUGGAUACUCCCAGGAGUAAAACCGAGGAGAGGAAAAGAGAAAACGAGUAAAAUAAGUGGAAACUUGGAUCCCUCGGCUUAUCCGAAAAGUGGAUAAACGCUCUGGAUUUGCUAGUGCCUGGAUCUUGAGUUUAAUACCAUUAACCGAUAAUUAAUUGAGCUUAAUUAUUAAUUGAUUUAUCCAGUAAUCAAUUGUGCGAAAUUAACAAUUCAUCGUUGUCAAUUAGCUUUGAGCUUAAUUAAAUCUUCAAUAGUAGAUAAUUAUUAUUAUUUACUUGUGGCGUUCAAUUGGUCUGUUGAUAUUAAAUCAAGAGCCAACACACGUCAUCCAUGAAAUCCUUUCAAGAUCCACCGAUCGUCCAAGGAUGAGGAUGGAAAAUAUUAAAAUUUCUGUUUCUCUAUUAAGGACGAGGAUGCGCUUACAGAGGCUGCUUCUUUGUUUGCUUGGACUUUUUAUUUUGCUUAAUGAGUCCGAAGCCAGCUGGGAAGAAUGGUGGACCUACGAUGGUAUUUCUGGUCCUUCAUUCUGGGGUUUAAUAAAUCCGCAGUGGUCUCUGUGCAGCAAAGGAAGACGACAAAGUCCCAUCAACAUUGAGCCAGACAAGUUGCUUUUCGAUCCUCACCUUAGGCCAGUCCAGGUGGACAAACAUAAAGUUGCUGGAUAUCUACACAAUACUGGACAAUUUUUAGUAUUCAAAGCUGAUAAGGACGCAAAGACACGGGUAAACAUUACUGGUGGACCACUCGCGUAUCACUAUCAGUUUGAAGAAAUUUAUAUUCAUUAUGGGAUGACAAAUGAACAUGGAUCUGAGCAUCAAGUUAAUAAUUAUGCUUUUCCAGCAGAGAUUCAAGUAUACGGAUUCAAUGCUGAACUUUAUCACAAUAUGAGUGAAGCACAACACAAAAGCCAAGGUUUGGUUGCUAUUUCAUUGAUGGUUCAGCUCGGUGACUCACCAAAUCAAGAACUACGAAUAAUAACCAGUGUAUUCAAUAGCGUACAAUAUCGAUCUCAAAAAGCUCCAGUUGGUCAUCUGUCCCUUAAAGAACUGCUACCGGAUACUGAGGGAUAUAUGACAUAUGAGGGAAGCACAACACAUCCGGGAUGUUGGGAAACGACGGUCUGGCUCAUCGUCAACAAACCCAUCUAUAUGAGUGCUCAAGAGCUUUACGCAUUAAGAAGACUGAUGCAAGGAACUAAAGAUAUACCAAAAGCACCGCUUGGAAAUAACGGAAGGCCGAUUCAACUUCUCCAUCAUAGAACCAUACGGACAAAUAUCGAUUUUCGUAAAGCACCAGACGCUAAAUGUCCAUCCAUGGUACCAAACACCCAUUACAGAGACGAAUUUUUUUUUGCAGCAAACACAUGGUCUGAUGGAACAAUAAGUCGAAAUUCUCUCUGAACAUUUAAAAUAUCAAAAUAAAAUGAAUAAUUCUAAAUAAAAAAGAAGCAAUUUUGCUAACAAAAAAUACAAAAGGCUUUAGUGCACGUUCUUUGUCCAGAACGUAACGCUAAAAAAAAUUAUUAAACAUUAUUAUCAAAAAAAUAAAAAAAAAUAAAUACAUAACACAAAUCAAUAAUCAGAGCUUUACGUGUUUCGAUAAAUUCCCUAUUUAUUUUAUUUUCAAAUAAAAACGAUGAAAAGAUGUGGCGUUAAUUGCAAGAACAAUAAUGAUUUUUAAAAAUAAAAUUGACAGAUUUGUCGAUUGUUUUCUAGACGAAUAAUGUAAUCCGUAAGGAUAUAAUAAAAUUUAUAAACUGAAAGGUGUGU